AUGGCCGCCUCUUCAGGAGCAGAUGUGCUUCUCUACAUUGUCGCAAUUUUCCUCCCGCCAUUCGCGGUAUUUUUAAAAACGGGAUGCUCAGGCGACCUCUUGAUUAACAUCUUGCUUUGGAUUCUGGGAUGGAUACCGGGAAUCAUCCAUGCCUGGUAUGUCAUUGCGAAGAGACCAGAAGCGAAAUAUGUCAUGCAGCAGUAG